UGCACACACCUGACCGAGUCCUCUUCGUCCUCCGCCCUCCCCCCGGCCGCCCUCCGUCUCCAAAACACUUCGCAUGGCGACCAAGCGCAUCGCCAGCCAAGUGCACAAGCAGGCCUCGCGCCUCAUCCGCGAGGGCUACAUCCAGCGCGAGCCCGCCUGGUACCGCGCCGUGCUCGACAACCCGCCGCUCCCGCUGCCCGCGCGCGAGCCGCCGUCGCGCACGCACUUCGACACGCCCGACGCCAUCGCGCUCACGCGCCCCGCGCACGCCGCGACGAUCAGCCCGCUGCCGGUGCAGUACGUCGAGGACCAGGUCCGCAAGCAGUUCUUCCGCGACCACCCGUUCGAGGCGUUCCGCGAGAAGUCGCUCGUCGAGAAUGAGAAGGUCGAGAGCGAGCACUCUGUAAGGGGGAAGGAGUGGAAGAGGUUGAAGCAGAGGGGGCGGAAUCCGUCGCCGGAGGAUGCUAUCCGCUAUGCGGUGAACCUCUAUGAACACCAAAAUGUGAACCUGUCCGACGCGUAUGCGUCCGCCGUCGCCCAGUUCCGGUCACUACGCUCCGAAGUCACCAUCGCCCGCCAGGUCGCGCUCGCCGAGGCUGAGGCGCUCGGCGUAGAAUUCGGGCCCUCGCAGACGGAGAUUACGUUCCGGAAGGAGAGCAAGGCGUUCGAGACCUUCCAGGACACCACCGAGCAGACACGUACCGCGGAGACGGAGCGCAAGCGCUGGAAGGCCGUUGUCGAGCGCGAGGGCCGGCCAGACCACUGGACGAAGGGACAGGAGUACACGCGGUUGUGGAAAGAGGGUGUCCGGCCAGUAUAUGCGCCGGUCUUUUCCGAGGCUGAGGCUGCCCCGAAGCCUGAGUUGACACCAGAGCAGAUCGCAGCACGGCUUUCCGCCCAGGCGGAUUUCCUGGCUGUAACCGGUAAGGCAUAGGGCAGGGGCUCGGCGCACUCUCCUAGUCUCGGUUGCUUGAUACUUUACAUAUGGAAUAAUUUGACGUUACCUGUCGCACACCUCAUUCGACAGUACGG